UAUUUAUAUAUUGUAUUGUAUAUUACUAAAAAGGAAAAAACAUUAAAAAAUCAAAUAAAAAAACAAAAAAUAACAACUUACAGCUUUUUUAUUUAUUGUUUAUUGAUCAAGUAAAAUAGAGGAUUGAAAUGUAAUAAGUAACAUUCUGACACCAAAUCCAUAAAUCAUACAUUGUUUAUGUUUCUCAUCUUUCUGUAUUUCCCUAUUUCAGACGACCAGCUGCACAAUUUUCUAACCAACCCACUAAGAGUUCCAAAUCUGCCAUAUGUCAAUACACAGGAAGUCAACCCACAUUUUGAAAAGUCACAGGAUCAAAGGCCUACAUGUAGAAUUUGUUUGAAGACAUUCUCGUCAAAGGGCAAUCUAAAGAGCCAUAUGAACAUUCACACUGGUGAUAGACCGUAUAAGUGUAAUGUUUGUGGCCAGGACUUUACACAUCAUACUGUAUAUAGACGACAUCAAAAAAACUAUAAUCACUGAAGCCUUAUAA